AUGCAGAGAGGCAUUAGGAAACAGCCUGAGGAAACCCCUCAGCCAGCCCCCCGGCCAAUCUUCCAGGAGAGGCAGAGGAUCACCGGUCUGCCUUUGUACCUCCAGGGUUACCUCUCUGUCCGGCACUCAAGAUGCCAGGAAUUUAGAGUGUACUGGACAGAACUCAGAGGAACUAUGCUCUUCUUUUAUGAUGAUAAGAAAGCCCCAACAUACUCGCAGAAAUUAGAUAUAUCAUCUUUGACCUCAGCAACCAAUGUUUAUCCAGAUGAAAAUGGCUCUGCACGAUUCAUCCUGAUGCUGUCAAACAGGGAACUAGAACUGAAGGCUAAUAACUGUGAAUGUGGAAAAGAAUGGAAGGGCUUUAUUCUCACUGUAACAAAGCUGUCAGUUCCACCAGAUGAGUCAUUACUACCUGGGCAACUUACAAGAAUGCAUGAAGUGCUAGAGAAGGAAAAGCAAAGAAGGAUUACGCUUAACGACUGUUCCAGCGCAUCCUUGAACAGAGAAAGCCCUCCCAGCAGUACAUUGACCCCUAUGCCAGCGUGCUUCUAUGCAGUAUCUCGGCAAGAAGCAAUAAAGAUGUUAGAAAAGAACCCUUCAUGUGGGAAUUUGAUCCUGCGUCCCGGCAGUGAUAGCAAGAACUACGCAAUCACUAUCCAACACAAGCUGCAUGCCCCAUGCAUAAAGCACUACAAAGUGAUGUCCAAAGGAACAAGUUACGUUAUUGAAUUGGAAAGACAGGUGACACUCCCAAGCCUUCAGGAUGUUGUCAAUUACUUUGUGACCCAAACCCAAGGGAACCUGAAGCCGUUUGUCAUACAAACAUGCACUGCAGAGGACCCAGCGUUCAGAAAGCAAGCUGGUCACUGA